AUGGCUCUUCAGAUUACUCUGACGUUUCACAAGUGGCGGCGUCAGGAGGUUGAGAAACGGGCGGAGGCCGAGCGCACGCGCCAGCGCCAGGAAGAGCUCCGGCGCUUGGAGGAGCAGCGCCGCGCCUUCGAGCGAGCAGAAGAGGAGCGGAUCAAGGCCAAGAAACAGAGGGAGGAGGAGGCCCGGCGUCAAGAGGAGGAGCGACGCCGAGCCGACGAGGAGCGCCGCAGACGCGAGGCGGAGGAGGCACGACGUGAGGAGGAACGCCAGCGAAGGGAGCAGGAGGAGGCUCGGCAGCCGGCAGGGGGCUCUGGCAUGUCGGCCAGCCGGGCGCUCCGCAGGCCUGCAUUUGCAAACCACCCGUUGGACAGCCGCUUGGACAUGCUCGAGAUGGAGCUGGCGCGAUUGAAGGGCAGCAGGCAGAUGGGUAUGACUGGUGGCAUGGGCAACAUGGGGGGCGUGCCAAUGACCUUCACGCAGCCGCAGCAGGCUCUGUCUCCGCUGAUGCCUUCCAUGCCUUCCGGUCCACCGAUGUAUUCCGUACCCUCUGAGCCCUCAGGGCCGGCACCGGCGUUGGCGAACAUCGAGACGAAGAACCACGGUGAAAUUAUGCAAGCAUACAAGGACAUCGUGACGAGCCUGAAGGAGACGCAGCAAAAGCACAAUGACCUCCUCCAGCGACAUACCGAUCUGACAAAGCACCACGUGGAGCUGAUGCGGGCACACCAGGACCUCCUUGAGAGUCUGAAGAAGAACGGCACUGGUGGCGGUGGUGCAGCUGCCAAGGCUUCCGCCAAGAAGAAGGCCAAGCACCCAGCCCUCGGUGUGGUCCGCCUGGAUUACGACUACCCUCCUGCACCAGGAGACUCUGACCACCCAGGCAGCUUUGGAUACGAAGUCUACUAUCGCUGCUGCCCAGGGUUGACUUUCGACAUGUGCCAGGAUGGCCACUUCCCCGAAGCUGUGGAGCGCCGCUUUGCCGAUGCGAUCAGGCACCUGGAGGCCCGCGGAUGUGCCGCCAUCACCGGCGACUGCGGCUUCAUGAUGGCCUUUCACAUGAUUGCCAGGAAGAUCGCAGCUAAGCCCAUCUUCAUGUCCUCCAUGGUGCAAUGCCCGAUUAUCGCCGCCUCCCUCGAGCCAUCCGAUCAGAUUCUGCUUCUCACGGCCAAUGACAAAACCCUGAAGCCGCAGAAGACGGUGCUGCUGAGCACUUGUGGAUUCGAUGUUGACGAGGACCGUUUCAUCAUCAAGGGCUGUCAGAAUGUGCCUGGUUUCGAGGCCGUGGCUUUGGGAGGAAAAGUUCCGCUUGAGGUCGUGCAGCCGGGAAUCGUGCAGCUGGUGCAGGACAUAAGGAAGCAGUUCCCACGAAUUGCCGCAAUCCUCCUGGAAUGCACGGAAUUGCCACCCUACGCAGAUGCCCUCCGCUACCAUACCGGCUUGCCAGUUUGGGAUGCUGUCACGGCUGCCGACUUUUACAUCUCCGCCCACCAAGACAACCCAAGGUUCGGGCACAACGACUGGCAGGAGGCAUGGGAUGGUACGCAUGAGGAGUAUGAGCUGGGCAUCAACCUCACCAAGGACGAACUGUCGCUUGUGGUGAGUAAGCACAAGGUGCAUGCGGAGAAGAAAGAACGGGCGCUGAAAAAGAAGAAGAAGCUGGACAAGGUCAUGAAGAAAGUACGCAAGCAGCAGGCACCUAUGCUGGGCGUCCUGCGUUUGGACUACAACUACCCCCCGGCCACAGGCGACAUUGACCAUCCUGGUAGCUACGACUACGACGUGCUCUUCCGAGUGGUUCCUGGCUUCACCUUCGAGAUGGCCCAGGCCGGCAAGCUCACGCCGGCGGUGGAGAAGGAGUUCAUCGAAGCUGUGAAGUGGCUGGAGAACAAAGGCUGCAGCGGCAUCACGGGCGACUGUGGGUUCAUGAUGGCUUUCCAGCCACUGGCCCGCGAAGUGGCUCGGGUCCCCGUCUUCAUGAGCUCCAUGAUGCAAUGUCCCAUGAUCUCUGUUGCGUUCGACAAGUACGACAAGGUCUUGAUUCUCACCGCGAAUGAUGACACGCUGAAGCCGCAAAAGGAGACACUGCUGAGCAACUGCGGCUUCGACGUUGACGAUGCCCGCUUCAUGAUCAAGGGCUGCCAGGAUGUUCCUGGCUUUGAUGCCGUGGCAAAGGGCGAGAAGGUCGAUGUGGACUACGUGCAGCCCGGAAUUGUGUACAUGGUGAAGCAGAUCCUCAACAAGAACUCCUCUGUCCGGGCCAUCCUGCUUGAGUGCACCGAGCUGCCACCCUACGCAGAUGCCUUGCGCCACGAGACCAGGCUCCCCGUCUUCGACGCAAUCACGAACGCGGACUUCUUCCUGUCUGCUCGGCAGGACAACCCUCGCUUCGGCUUCAACCAGUGGCAGCUGGACUGGGACGGCGAGCAGGAUGACUACGUGUUCGGGCAGCACCUGAACGCCCAACAGAUGGAGAAGCUGAUCAACUGA